UUCUUCUUCUCCAAAGCUUCAAAGCUCAACAAUGGCAUCAAACCAAGCUCUUCAAUGGCGUCAUCUCUCCAUCUCCAUCCUUCUUCUUCUUCAUCUCCUCUCCCUCUCCUUCUCCUCCUCCUCCUCCCAACCCUACCCAUGUCUUCCUCCCCACUCCUCCUUCCCCUUCUGCAACACAUCACUUUCCAUCUCCACUCGCGCUACUUCCCUGAUCUCCCUCCUCUCCCUCUCCGAGAAGAUCCAGCAACUCUCCAACACCGCCGCCGCCGUUCCCCGUCUCGGCAUACCACCAUACCAAUGGUGGUCGGAAUCCCUCCACGGAGUCGCCAUCAACGGCCCCGGCGUCCUCUUCAACGGCAGCGUCCGUGCCGCCACCGGCUUCCCCCAAGUCCUUCUCUCCGCCGCCGCCUUCAACCGCACUCUCUGGCGCGCCAUCGCCACUGCCAUCGCCGUUGAGGCACGCGCCAUGUACAACCUCCGCCAGGCUGGGCUCACCUUCUGGGCUCCCAAUAUCAACGUCUUCCGUGAUCCUCGUUGGGGCCGAGGCCAGGAGACUCCCGGCGAGGAUCCUUUUAUGGUGUCCACCUACGCCGUUGACUAUGUGAGAGGUUUCCAGGGCGAUGUUGAUGGUGGAUCUAUGAUGCUCUCCGCUUGCUGCAAGCAUUACACUGCUUAUGAUCUUGAUAAAUGGCACAAGUUCGCUCGGUACACCUUCAAUGCGAAGGUCACCAAGCAAGAUAUGGAGGACACAUUCCAGCCGCCAUUCCGGAGUUGCAUCAAGGAUGGUAAGGCGAGCUGUUUAAUGUGUUCUUACAAUCAGGUCAAUGGCGUCCCAGCUUGUGCUCGUGGUGAUCUCCUUGAGAAAGCCAGAGGAGAAUGGGGAUUCAAAGGGUACAUCACUUCUGAUUGUGAUGCCGUUGCAAUAAUUCAUGAGGAUCAGAAGUACGCACCAACAGCUGAAGAUGCUGUGGCUGAAGUCCUAAAAGCUGGGAUGGAUAUUAAUUGUGGGACUUACUUGCUCCGCCACACUAAAUCGGCAGUAAAGAAAGGGAAGCUUGAGAAGAAAUAUAUAGACCGUGCUCUUUUUAACCUGUUCUCUGUUCAGCUGCGACUUGGAUUGUUUGAUGGAGUACCCAAAAAGCAGCGGUUUGGACGGUUUGGGACUGAUGAUGUUUGUACCAAGGAGCACAGGGAGCUCGCAUUGGAAGCGGCAAGGCAGGGCAUUGUGCUUCUGAAGAAUGACAAGAACUUUUUGCCAUUACAGAAGAGCAAGGUCAAGUCACUUGCUAUUAUUGGUCCUGCUGCGGAUGAUACUGACAUAUUGGGUGGAGAUUAUACAGGCUUUGCAUGCAAUCCAAAGAGCUUGUACAAGGGCCUCCAGGCUUAUGUUGAGACAACUACAUUUGCUUCUGGAUGUUUAGAUGUGCCCUGUUAUUCAACCACCGGAUUUAAAGAAGCUGUCCAUGUCGCUCAAGAGGCUGAUGCUGUGGUUGUUGUAGCCGGUCUCAAUCUUACUGAAGAAACCGAAGACCAUGAUCGAACAAGCCUGCUACUACCUGGUAAACAAAUGCAUCUCAUCAAAGCUGUUGCACAUGCGUCCAAAAACCCAUUGAUACUUCUCCUUAUGGGGGGCGGACCUCUUGAUAUCUCAUUUGCGAAAAGAGAUCCAAAAAUAGCAAGUGUUCUAUGGAUUGGAUACCCAGGUGAAACCGGGGGACAGGCAGUCGCAGAAGCUCUCUUCGGAGAUUUUAACCCGGGAGGCCGAUUACCUGUAACUUGGUAUCCCGAAUCAUUCACUAAUGUUCCUAUGAACGAUAUGAACAUGAGGGCUGAUCCGUCACGAGGUUAUCCUGGAAGAACUUAUAGAUUCUACACAGGGAAAGUGGUUUAUCCAUUCGGAUACGGUUUGAGUUACUCCAAGUAUUCUUACAAAAUCAAAUCGGCACCUCGCCGGAUUAGCUUGUUAGAAUCAACCAUGAGACGGAUGGCUAGUGAAGACGGGCUUGAUUACGUGCCCAUUGAUAAGAUAUCGUCUUGUGAGACAUUGAAAUUUGUAGUGAAGGUAUCGGUUGUGAAUAAUGGUCCGAUGGAUGGAGAUCACUCGGUCAUCUUGUUUUCUAGAUCGUUAGCGAACAUCACAGGUUUGCCACAGAAACAAUUGAUUGGAUUUGAACGCGUGCGUACGAUUGCUAAUGGCGAUGCUGAAAUUGAUAUUCCCGUUGAUCCUUGCAAACACUUGAGCAUGGCCAAUGAACACGGCGAGCGAGUUUUGCCUCUGGGAGUUCAUGUUCUUGAGCUGGAAGAACUGGAGCAUGUUUUGUUUAUUGAAGCAUGAACUGAAGCUUUCAAAUAUUGUUUCCCACGCUGCUCUUUUUAUUUUAUUUAUUUAUUUUUAUAGCAUUUCUGGUGUAGUUCAUUGUUUGCAAGCAUAAAAUAUGAUCUUGCAGUAACGGAAUGAAGUUACUAUUGGAUCAUUUAUGCAUUGAAAACUAUUUUGUUUGAUUGGUAAAUAAAU